UGUCGCAACUGUGGCUCUAUCAUACGGAUCUUUUUUCUUUUUUGAUGUUUUUUUGGAGCAGCUUUCUCGCGCGCGAGCGUCAGUGACACGUUCUUUUCCGUGUCUGCGUCAUAUUUUCUUGAGUGUGGAAUUCUUAAACAGUAAUCUGCUUCGUGAGAAUUGAAUUUAUAAUCACCGAGUGAGCGACAUCCUUGAACUUUCCACGAAGAUAACGGCAGUUGUCAAAGUUCCAGUGGGGGCAGCCAUGCUCAUGUAUGAUUACCCAGUGAAAACCGACAUGGAGACGCCUCUAUAUCAGAGUUAUCCCUCCCUGGUGAAACAGCAGACUGAAGUGUAUGGAGUCAUCUUUUCUCCGGCCGGAUCUGCCCAUCUCUACCCUUCCCAUUUCACCUCCCAGUAUCCCACCCACUACCCAGCCCAGUACCACCACCAUCACCAACAGCAGCAGCAGCCCUACCCCAGCCAAGACACCCGGACCUCCGCCAGUCCCCUGCACACCCAGAUGGAGCCUGUCGACCUGUCCCUCAGCAAACGACCCUCUCCCUCCUCCCCGGCUUCAUCUUCGUCCUCGUCGGCCUCCUCUCCGCGUGGAUACGCCAGCCCCUCAGGGCGAGGCACCCCGCUCACGGGCUCCCAGUCGCAGCUCAACCCGGGCCCCGGGUCCGGGUCCGCGGCCGACUCGCCGCAGUCGAGGCGAAUGAGUCCGCCGAUGACUAUUCCUUUCCCACCGGUGCUGCCGCUGAUGCCCGCUCCCGGGACCGGCAUCAUCCCCGUUAUGCUGCAGCCUGUUCCAGUCAUUUACCCGUCUCCUUUGCACCUCCCCCCCCAUGUGAUGAUGUCACCCGUUACCCCCGACGACCCGAAGGGUGCGGCCGCUGCAGCUGUGGCGCACAAGCAGGUCUCCAGUAUGAAGUCAGAGGUAACCAAUGACAACCUGGAACUGUUUGAGCCAAUCAAAUCUGAGCCCCGCCCAGACCACUCUCAGGAAUAUGGAGAGGAAAUGACGUCACCAGUCAUCACGGUGCCGCCAGCCUAUGACAGAAAUACUGCCUCUGUAAUAAUGCACUCCAGCAAAGUCGAGUCACCAGAUCCUCUCAAGAAGAGACGUAUUCAUCGCUGCGACUUUGGCGGCUGUAACAAAGUCUACACCAAGAGCUCUCAUCUUAAAGCACACCGCCGUACACACACAGGAGAGAAACCGUAUAAGUGUAUGUGGGAAGGCUGCACGUGGAAGUUCGCUCGUUCCGACGAGCUGACGCGUCACUUCCGGAAGCACACGGGCGUGAAGCCUUUUCAGUGCCCUGACUGUGAACGGAGCUUCUCUCGCUCGGACCAUCUCGCCCUGCACAAGAAACGCCACAUGCUCGUAUGAGCCCCCC